AAACAAGUUUGUUUUUCUUUGUUUUGGAUAAAAGAGAAAAAGUUAAGGUACAAACACUGCUGAAGUAAUAUGAGAUUUUGAGACCAAAACAAAGGAAGUUAUAUCUACAGUAUGAUCAUUCUAAUCCAGUAGGCAACGUGAUCGAAAAGUAAUUUGGAAACCAAUAUAUGAGACUGGAGAUAUUCCGGAAAAAUUGAUGUGUGUUCUUUCCCGCUGACAAGCUGGGGGUAUUAUGUGACAGCAAAAGGAUAUUGGAUUUUGUCUUUUUGGAAGCGAGAAAAAUAACUCACUCUGUUUACAGCCAGUUAUAUAACACUGAAGACUCUCCGUUUUGAGGAGGUAGAAAUAGAGUACCGUCUGUGAUCUGUUUGUGGGGAUAAUAAUUAGAAGAUAGGAAAAUUCUUCUACUGUGUUUUUUGGUCAUGAGGAGGGAGCUAAUUCAAUAGAAAUGGAAGGAGGGAAUUUAAAGUCCCAGAAAAUGAAAAUCUUAGUUUUCAUCUUUAUUCUUCUUCUGGAAAAUUGUUCAGGCAAUGAGGUGGGUUCCUUAUUCCACAGCGAGGACCAACAGGAAGCCCUGACGAGGAAGGAGCUGGAAUGUAUAGGACUGAUAGCAGCCGAAAAACACAAUCAGACGCUACAUAAUGGAAUCCAUUGUAGAAGAGCCUGGGAUUCAGUGAUGUGUUGGCCUCCCACACCCGCGGGCCAGUUGGCGAUCCAGCCCUGUCCCAGUCACAUUAAAAAUAUUGACACCAGCGAGAAUGCCUCUAGACAAUGUAAUGAGGAUGGUUCCUGGUUUGUUAAUCCGCUCAAUAACCAUACAUGGACCAACUUUACCCAGUGCCUCGGGUCACAAACAAACGAGGAUCCUCGCACAGUUCCAGCGCUGAUCGAGCAAUAUGCGGACUCGGUCCGUCUGAUGUAUAACAUUGGGUAUGGUCUCUCCCUAGCGUCAUUAGUGAUAGCCGUGGUCAUUAUGAUUUACUUCAAAAAGCUCCAUUGCGCUCGAAACGCCAUCCAUAUCAACCUGUUUGUGUCUUUUAUUCUGCGUGCCAUUGUUUCCUUUAUCAAGGAAAAUCUGCUGGUGGAAUUUGUAGGAUUUCCCGGUGAUGUUUACUAUGAACAUGGCCAGAUUAAAUUUAGAGAUGACGUCACUCAUUGGGAGUGUCGGCUAUUUUUCUCUCUGUAUAACUAUACAUUGGCCGCUAGCUAUAUGUGGAUAUUUGUGGAGGCGCUGUAUCUUCAGAUUCUGAUAUCUGUCUCUGUUUUCACGGAGAAAAACAGAACAAAAUGGUUCAUGUUACUGGGAUGGUUAUUUCCAUUAAGUUUUGUUCUGCCUUGGGUUCUUGUGCGGAUCUUUGAAUUCAAUGAACUCUGUUGGAAUAUUCAGAAGAAUAAGCUGAUCACGUUCAUUAUAUACGGACCAAUAACAGCCACAGUUCUGAUACAGUUUAUUAUUUUCAUUAACAUCGUGCGAAUAUUAUUCACCAAACUCCAUGCAUCAUCCGGGCAUCAGACAAACAGCUUCCGUUACAGUCACAUUGACGGUCACAUGAUCAGACGCUUGGCUAAAUCCACGCUGAUCCUUAUUCCCCUGUUUGGGGUUUAUUACAUCAUAUACUCUGUAAAUUACCUCAUGUCAAGCUUUGGCUAUCUGGAUGAAAAGUCAUUGAUGUACUUCAUCUUGUGGUGGUCGGAAUUGUUCUUCAACUCCUUCCAGGGAUUUAUCCUAGCGAUGCUUUUCUGUUUCCUAAACGCUGAGGUGCAGGCGGAAUUCAAAAAAGUUUGGCGCCGGCACAUAACUGACCGGACCGGAAGUAUCAGAACGACACGGACAUUUUUGUCACGGACACGAAAUUCUGUUAAACAACCUCCAACGUCCAAUGGGAAUGCAUUACAUAGAAGCGAUGUAAAACAAAAUAAUCCUAUUAACCAAUCAGAUUCAACGUUGCUAACGUCCUUCCAGAAUGAGACAAACUGUGAAAGUGAAGUUCAAAGGGGAAUUGUAGACACUGAUAUUACAGAGACCGAGAUGUCACCGUGUAUAAACAAUAACCAGACAGUGACUGGAAACUGUGGUAAAAAUAACGGAAUCUGUGUCAAGGACGAAUUCGCCUAUAAGUCGAUAUCGUAGUAUAAGUCGAGGGUUACUUAAAUUUAAUAUAUUAAAAAAAUACUUUUUAUACUAGUAAUAUUGUGAGCCAAAUCCUUGAGAAGGAAAAAGAAAAACCUUUAUGCCUAUCAUCUGAUGAUUAUAAGAACCAGACUGGAGAAUACUGGAAACUUACAACAUACUUAAUUCGAUUUAAGAGUACUUAAAGCUUGAAUUGAUACAUGUAGAUUGGGUAAUUUUAUGGUAAUUUUUAGAUGUUUUGUGGGAAGCUUUUAGUAAAAGGUAACUUGAUUCAUGCUUGAAACUUAACAUACACUCCAAGUGAUAUUUUUAACCCUUAAAUUCUUAUUUUUUAUAUACAUGUACCAGAUAUUAAAGAUGCAGCAUACAGACUAUUUGAAAUAUUCUGAAAACAAAAAUACGAAUUACGAAUACGUCAAAAAAGGAAAGUUAAGGUGAAUUUACCAGCAUGAUAUGUACAAUGUUACACUUGUUUAUAUAUUACUACUUUUAAAUUACAUCGAAGAGGAAAAAAUAUUCUGUAAAACAGUUGAGGAUUUUUCCUUUAAUUUGGCGUGAAAAGUUGUAAAUAUUACAUAAAAGAGAGAUUGAGUAUAAUUCAAAGUUGUGUCAACAUACAGUUAACACAAAUAUGAAAGACAGUCAAACAAUACCUCAGUUGUAACAAAAUAUGAAACUUAAGAAAUUUGAGUAUAUGUUACUUCCAAGCUUCUUGAACAUACGUAACACUACACAGUUACUGCAAGUAGGGGGUGAAUUAGGCUAUGAUCACUUCAUUCUUACAUGUGUAAUUCAUUUGAUUUUCUCUGUCGUUUAUUUGUGAAUAUUAAACAUUGAUAUUUUUUUUAUUUUCAGUACGACAUUAAUCACACGAAAUAAUAUGCAUAUUGCGUUAGCGCAAUAUUUGUCUACAGAUCUUAUGUAAUAUAUGACGCAAUAAAAACAAGAAGCAAUUCUAUUUUUUGGUGUUCUACUUGAUAUAUUAAGGUAAAGAUCUAGUAAAUGAGUUUAGUCUGUCUUUUGGUGCUAGAUCCAUUAUGACGUCAUAAUUGAUUUAAUUUUAUUUUUUCCCAUAUUUUACGGCUAUAACAGAAUUAAGUAGAAAAUGACACAUUUUCAUGGAAUUCAUUUUGAAAUCAUUUCAAAAGGAACCCCGAUACCUAUAUUCAAUUUAAUAUCAUUUUAAAGAAGAGGUCAAGAAGAUAUGAAAAACCGUUUACUGAGAGACUGUAGGCAAUAUUGAUACAUUUUGUUUGUCUGAGAUGGAGAAAACUCCCAUUUUUAUUCCUGAUUUUCUUCAUUUUUCAUUGAAAAGGGCAGUUUAAAAUAUGUUUUUUCGUUCCGUUUUUCUAAAUAUUAUGCCCCGAUACACCUCAAUUUAUUUAGCUACAAUUGUAAUAUAUUAUUAAAGGAAUUUGUUUCUCAAAUUUGAGAAAUCUGUAGGCACUCUUCAUUUACUAGAUCUUGACCUUAAAGUUAUUUUAAACCUAUCUCUCAAACAAUGAGUAAUGUGACGUCAUGUAAGAUCUUUGUUACUUUGCGUUACCUUGAUGCAUGAAAAACAGUUUAUAAAAGGGAAAUAACUGAUGAAUGUAAAUAUAUCAGAAUAAAAUUUGAUAUUUUU